AUGUCAUCUUCCCAACUCCAUGCAACAUCCUCACCUAAAAUACCAGUGAAUGGUCCUCGAGGAAGCCUGAAACAGAACAGCCAAACUACAUCUAUUGCAUUGAACGGGAAACGUUCUGCCUCUUCUUCCUCCUCAUCAGUAUCGACAUCUUUAAUGAAUUCGAAUUCGCAGCACCAUUCUCAUGCAAGCAAGAUUGGCAGCCAAUCACUCCCACAUGCAACACCCUCAACCAUCGCUACAAAGAAGAAGUCGCCAAACGAUUCUCAACAUGUGUUGUUGCUGCCAGAUCAACCUUCGGUCCCGUCAUUGCCAAUUAAGGAAAUUCCCUCAUGUACAAGCAACAGUGCACUUGAAGAUCAUUCGUUAGGGAUUGAAUGCUCACCAAAGAAUAUGAAGAACGAAUCCUCUUGUAAGGAAUCCAAAAGUACAUCAACGUGUCCCACACACUCAUCCUCCACCACAAAAACGGCACCAUCCAUUCCUCAGCCACCUCCAUUCCUAUUGACCACUCCUCGUGAAAGUGUUCAAACUCAGCAUGAUGAACAAGCACCACACGAACACGUUCAUUCGAAUGUUUCAAACUCUGCAUUACUCUCAAACAAGUCGUCGUCGUCUUCUCGAUCACCACCUCCAUCUUUGCAAUCACCACGACCACCCAUUUCUGUCUCACCUGCUCCAACAGAAACAACAACCACAACCACAUCCACCACUACAGUACCCUAUAAACCUCCUCUCAAGAAAGACGAUCUCAUCUGGGUCGACAUUAAAGACAAGUAUUACUUGGCCAAGGUCACUGGAAUGAUCAAGAAUGUUCAAGUCAUUUACAAUGAGAGAAGUCUUUCCAAUGCUCAAGAAUUCACUAAAAACGAUCAAGUCGAUCUCUCCAAGUGCUUUCAUGUGGACUUGGUGAGUCUGAAUGAUCAUCUUGAAAAACGAGAAAAUCUCUUAUGGAUCAGUCCAGGAUGUCAUUCAUUGCCACAAAUUGCUCAGACUUGGCUCAGUGUGGUCAACAAGUCCUAUGAAGAUCAGAAACGUUCUUCUCAAAUAUUUACCAUGCACAUGGGAGAGAGAAAUAUUCUCUUAAAGAAUCCUGACUUUUCCUUCCUCAACAAGACUCACGCGCAGGCCAUCAAAAGAAAUGGUCAAGACCUUGUGGAUUAUACUCAAACACAACUCAGACUUCACUCUGCUCCUCAUUGUUUGAAUCUCGUUCUUUUGGGAGAAGGUUCUAAAGAAAAGCAAGUGACACUUCAACAAGUGAUUAUGUCGUUACUUCAUAAGAAUUUGUUACCUCACGUUGGACAUUGUGGUGAGAAGGAAGAGUUACAACUCGAAUCGCCUCUUUCACUCCCACUGAAUCCUUCUUCUUCUUCUUCUACUCUUCUCUCAGCAGAGGAUUACGUCAAAGAGAUUCGAGUCACGGUUGGGUCUGCCUUAAAUUUAUUGUUGAUCUUUUCGAAUCACUUGUAUGAAAAGGCACUGACACAAACACACAUGAGAAAGGUUGUUCUGAGUUGCGAUUCACAGGCGAAUCGAAUCAAUGAUAUGAGAAUUCAUUCGAUCGCGAGAGAGAGAAUUCUCUCGACCAUUUCCAAUGACAAUGGUUCACAACAGAGAAAUCUUCCUCUCUAUCAAAUCUUCUUAUUAAUGAUUAGUGGAGGAGAAGAUUUGGAACAUCAUGUCGUGGCUGAUAUGAAUCAUUACAAACUCUUCCAGAAACACAAAGUCAAUUAUAAGGAUUUGAAUUUUAUGAAGAUGGAUCUCGGUAAAUUGAAUUCUUACUUUUCCAAAUUUGGAAUUAGCUCAGAAGAAACAGAUUUAGUGUACAGAAUUCUUUCUGCCUGCAUGUGGAUUUACAAUUUGGAGUUUUCCUCCAGUCAAGAAGGUGUUUCUUCUUCAGAAAAUUCAGAGACUUUGCGAGUGGUCAGUGAAUUAUUAGGGCUUUCUCAACGUCAAUGUGAAUCCAUUUUCACAAACUCCAAUAAGGUAAAUUUAAUGUUCGAUUACAUGUAUGGAGCCGUCCUGCAUUUCAUUGAGAAUCGAAUCAAUGAGAGACUUCAUGCUCUCAUUACUGAGUGGAGAAGUUCGGAGAGUAUUAAUGUUAAUACUACUAGUUUUGGCAACUCCAAGACUCCAAUGAAGGAAAUAUGUAUCAUUGAUCUUCCUGCUGCCACAGAGAACCACAAUCUCUCAGAUCAAUUCUUGGAUUUAUUUAACGCAAUGGCCAAUGAGACCAAUCUCUUGAAUGAAUUGUCUCUCAUUGAACAAGUCCUUCAUAAGGAUCAACUUUAUCAGGUCGAUCACAUCCUUUCUUCCUUUUCUCAUUCCAUUCCCAUCGAACAUUCAUGGAGUGAAAUGGAAUGGAUGCAUCGAUUGCGACCAUUAAGUGAAGAGAGCAUCCACACACUUUGUGAUGAAAUUUCACAAGCUCACUCUCUGAAAAGUCUCUUUCAUGAUGAGAGGACAUUGUGGAACGACUAUGAUCGUACGUUGGGUCAAGAGUAUUUGAAACGAGUGGCCCAACAUUUCAUGAAUUCACUCCUUUCUCCUACUUUGGAGACUAAAAGCUUCUUUAUUCAUUGCAUGACCUUUUCGAUUGAAAAGAAGACUUCCAAUGCUGUGUUUAAUCAAUGUAUUUCCUCUCUGAAAACCACUGGAUUUCAUCACCUCCUAAAUCUCUACGCUGGAAAUGACAAGUACAAUUACAAGAUGUCUCGAGAAAACUUUUCACAACACUUUGAAGCAUACUUUCGUUCCUCGAUCGAGAUCACCACGACUGGAGAUGGUCAUUCGAGAGACUCUUCUUUUCCUCCUUUGAUCAUGAAAGGAACAGAAUUUGUCUAUUUCCAAGAUUCUACUCUGUUACGAGUCCUGGAAAGUAUGAAAAACUUAGAAGAUGAAAAGAUCAGUCUUUUGGCUUCACUUCAUUUCGUGACGGAUGAAUUUCAUGAUCUCUUUGAGAAUAAGCGAGUGCGAAUGGAAAAUAUAUUCACUUCCGAGAGUUGUGAAGAGACAAACGAAAGAAACGACAAUGAUGAUAACGAUGAUGAGGAAGAAGAAGAGAAGAAGAAUGAAAGCACUUCUUUGAAUCCUCAACAAAAGGAUUUCCUAUUCGAGAAUCCUCUUCAAUCAUUGGCUCAUCAUCAAGAAAACCUUUUAGAGCAUGAGAUCAUGAUGACGGAGGACCACAGAGCCUUCAUGAUGUGCGACAUUCCAGAACAAGAGCUCCCCUAUCACUCGGCAUGUCUUGGAUUGACUGCCUUCUCGAACUAUCUGUCACCUCUUUCGUGUGAAGAAGGAAGACAAGUACCAUCUUGUCCUCUUCAAUCGCCUUUGAACCAAAGUUCAUUAUUGAAGAUUUCACAACCCUUGCAACAACAACAAUUAUUGCUUCAAAGAAGGCUCUCCUCAAACAGUAUUGAUAGCAGAAGAAGUAGUUUAGGAAAUCAUCCUCACUCUUCACCCUUAAAGGCCAUUCAAUGUGUCCACAAAUGUCGAAGUCAAGAAGGAGCCACAAGUUUCAUGUUUGAUUCCGUUGAAGCAAUGAAUGCUUUAGAUUUUCGUGAUUCCUCCAAAAUGGUCGUUCCUUCUCCUUCUUCGACUUUGAAAAGCAAUAGGCUACGAAUGAAACAAGUGGUAAUUCUUGAACAUGGACGUUCUCUGAAACAGUUGAAACCUGAUUUUACAAAAUUGUCUCGCAUCCAACAAGUUCAAAUUUCACAACAUACAAAACUCAUGAUCGAAUCGUUGAGUGAACAAUUGGAAGAUUAUGACAAUUCCAAUGUGUUGGAAGUGAGACCCAAACAAAUGAGUGCCUUUGUCACAUUUGUGGCCGAUUAUUGGUUCACCUACAUGCAUGACGAGAAGAAUACCUUAUCCUUCCUUAAAUCUUCAUCAGAGAGGAGCAACACGAGUGAUGAAAACUUGAAUCAUGAGGUCUUGUCAUGUCUCUUGGAAUGUUUCAAAUUAUUGAACUUUGUAAUGACCUUCUCAAGACAACGCACCGAAGUUGUGAAAAGCAUUCGAAGUGAAGGUCUUUUAAUCAUGUUGUGUGAAAGUGCCAUUCGACUUCAUUUCAAUCGGGAGAAUAGGAACGACUCUUUCAUGAAUGAAUGGAUGGAUGAAGAUUUCAAGAGUCCUGAACUGUUACUCUUCCAACAACUCAUUGUCUUGACCAUUAUGAAUUGCGUGAAACAUGACAAGAUGACUUGUGGAUUUAUUGUUCAGGAACAUUUAUUUUGGAGCUUUUUCGAAUGUCUCUGUUCACAACAUGAUGAAUGGAAGAAUGACAAGAAGAAUUCUUCCUUAUGGUCGUCCUUUUCCUCAAUGACUUCGAGUAGUAGUAGCAAUAGCAGCAGCAGCACAACCGCCGUCAUCACGGACGAUGUUCGUAAAGUAUUGAAUCUAUUAAGCAAGUACUACAUGGAGAUUCUCUCCCUUUUGAUUUCAGAUCCACACAGUUAUCAAUUCUUGAAUGUUCAAGUGAAAGAUACCUUAUCGAAUGGCACGUUACAAAAUGUCAAAUCCACUCUUUCGAGAUCCAUUUCUGGACACCUUUCUCAACUGAAACUGACCCCUCUCCUGAAUGCUCAAUUCUACAAAGAGGUGGCCCAACAGAUGAUCCUUCUCAUUCAGAAUCAUGACAAGAACAAUGAACAGGUGAAAGUUUUUGUGACUUUCAUUCAACAUGCCGUUCCUCUCCUCUCGUUCAAUUCCAGUUUAAUCCUCAUGAUCCUUCAGGAAUGGAUUGCUCAAAUGCAAGUUCGAUCCAUUCACUUUGUUUGCCAAGGUUUACGUGCUUUAGGAAAGAUUCAUGAAAAAUUGAGACAAGAACAAGGAACUGCUUCCAAAUUGUUGGGACUUGUUUUUUCGAAUCGAGAUGGUAUUCUGGGACAAGUCAUGGAAAAGACAGCUCUCUUCGAGAUUUUAAAAACGAGAAUUCUUCAUCUCUAUGAAGAACAGGUGUCGUCUUCCUUCGAGAUGAAUGAAUCCAUCAUCCUCAUGGAAGAGGAAUUUACAAAUCGAAACCAAUUUGGAAAUGAAACUUCUGCAAAGCCCUUGUCUUCCUCCUCUCUCCAGAGAGCUCCUCUUGAAAGUUUGGUCUAUGCCUUAAUGUAUUUGUGUGUCUUGUAUCCGAAUGUGAGAGUGAAAUUUGUCGAGUUUGUGUUUUCUUCAUCUAAGGAGAAUUGGUUUCCAAACAGUAAGGCCACCAACAACAACAACAACAAGAACCACAUGAGGAUGAUGAAUGGACUUGAGUUGGAAGACUUGUUGUCAAAGGAGAAUAUUGAGCAACGUCUUUCCAAGUUGGACUCUUCUCCCAAAGAAUUUUCACAAUUUUCACAACACCUCGCAAAGCAUCUUGCACAAAUGCAAACGACCACCAGCUCAAAGAUUGGAAGCCACGUCAAGAAGGCCUUCAACCACCAUCUUGAAAGAAAUACUGGAAAGGAAUGGUCCAAUACUAGUCAAUGGAGUGUGCAUUCUCUUCUCCAUGGAGAUUAUUCACAACAAAACCUCACGACCAGUUUUUGA